ACCUCAACCGGUCGGAAGAUGCUAAAGAUAAACACGUUGUUUUUGUGCUCGCCUGAAGAACAACACACGUUGAAAAACGGUGUCUAACGCCUCGGACUCACAAUGAGUGAAGAAGCCACGAUACGGACAUGUCAGCUCCUGGAUCUGCCCUGGGAAGACGUCCUGGUCCCUCACAUCCUGUGCUACUUGCCCCUGCAGCAUGUGGUGAGUCUGCAGCGGGUGAGCAAGCAGUUCCACAGCCUCGUCCAGGUCUACCUGUCCAACUGCAGGACAUUCGACCCGUCCCCGAUUGGACAAAGCAUUCCCAAGGAAGCGUUUUGCUCCAUGUUAAAGGACAGCAAGGUUCUCCUGAGGCUGUCGCUUCAGAACUGCUCCGACUGGGUGACGGACCAGGAGCUGCUGCCGGUCAUCGGCCAGAACCAGCAUCUGCAGCGAGUGGAAAUGAGCGGCUGCGUUUGGCUCACCCGCCACUCCCUGGUGGCCGUGUCGCUGAGCUGCGCCCACCUGCAGCACCUCGGCCUGGCGCACUGCGAGUGGGUGGAUAGCCUGUCCCUGCGCAGCCUGGCCGACCACUGCGGGGGGCUGCAGUCCAUCGACGUCACCGCCUGCCGCCAGCUCAAGGACGACGCCAUCUGCUACCUGGCCAAGAAGUGCUUGAAGUUGAGGUCUCUGUCUUUGGCAGUCAACGCCAACGUCACUGACGAGUCGGUGGAGGAGGUGGCCAAGAACUGCAGGGGUCUGGAGCAGCUGGACCUGACGGGUUGCCUGAGGGUCAGAAACGAGUCCAUCAGGACCGUUGCGGAGUAUUGCCCAAAGCUCCAGUCCCUGAAGGUGAAUCACUGCCACAAUGUGACAGAGUCGAGCCUCGAUCCUCUACGGAAGCGCAACGUUGUGAUAGAUGUGGAGCCGCCAUUACAGAGGGCUCUGGUGCUUCUUCAGGACGUGCUGGGGUUCGCUCCUUUUAUCAAUCUCCAGAUAUAACCAAAGGGUCAUGAAUCUGCACGACACAGGUGUCUUCAUAUCAGCAGUCACACGCUCAUGAGCUGCUGUGAGACAAUCCGAAAAAAAUCCUGAAUGUGUUGCACUCAAUAUGAGAUACGUAUUCAAGAUGGUACUGAAAAUGCUUAAAUGACUGAAGAAAGCCAUUUAACAUUUUAAAGAAUUGCUGCCUCAUGUCCAAAAUAUGUCACAGCACUUUUUUGGGGGUGUUAUAAUCUGGGUUUUUAAAAAAAAGCAAUUCCGACCAAAGUGCAGUGAGUGUGUUGUAUUGUUUGUACCUUGUGUACAUGAUAUUGUGAGAGAGGAAAAAAGAAGCCGUAAAAGUUAUGUUUAAUUUAGAAACAUUUAAAACAUGUUUGAGUUGAAUUAAACGUCUCAUUUUGCAUGUUAAGUGUCCAUUUAAAGGAAAAGUUCACCCAAUGUUUAGCUUUUUCCCACUUACCACCAGCUCUGUUCAGCCUUUGUUUUGUAUUCACCCCGUUUUUUUUUUAUUAUCUUCCUGUCUGAUACCUCUGCCUGCCAUCACAACACAGUGAAGGCGCUUUGUUUGUUGUGUAGAUCAUGUGUCUUCCAGGAAGAAUGUCUCCUCAGGAUCAUCAUCAGACCUCAUUGUUUACAGUGCUUAAAUGUUUCCUGAUGAAAACUGUUUUAAGCAACAGUUAUUACACUUCAAUCAAGUCUUAAUGGCUAAAUGAUGCUGGGGUAACUGGGAAUGUUUUGUUUUGUUUUGUGUGAUGCGACCCUUUAAUCUAGAUUAGCAACCUAAAUGGCAUUGUGUGGAGAGAGUAUCUCCACCAAGGCCCAACAGUCCCUGUAUGAAACCACAAUUAAAUACACUACAACCAGAUUCUUAUUUGGGUCUGCACCAAAUUGCAAACCCUUAUAAAUGUAUCAUUCCCCUUAACAUGACUUUUUAUCAAUAUCCAUUAAUUGUUCCAGGAGAAAUUCAAGAAAAUGUAGAGAACUGUUAUAAAAAGUUUAAAAUAAUUGUAUAUAAUGGUUUAAUUUUGUCGUGCACUCAUUGCUGGUUGUACAUCAAAUUGCCCUUGAAGGAUAAUAAAGAUUUUCUUUUAUGGACAACAGAGGAACCCAGCAGCCAGCAUGGGGCAGCGUCAGGACAUCACAUGGAAACAAGCAGCAGCAGACUGCUUUUUAAAAAAAUAAAAAAUAAAUAAAUGCAAAAUAAAUUUUCACCAUUUUUCAAAUUUUCCUGGUAAGAAUUUGAGCAUGUUAAAGCCCUCAAAAAGCCAAUUCAUUUGCCUAAAUAAUAAUAAUAAUAAUCCUUACAAUUUCAAUAGGGCCUCACUGUCUGUCAGUCCACCAAAAUCUUCCUCCUUACAUCAAGCCUUACCCCUCCAAAAAAUGUGAUGGAAAUCAGUAAAGUAGUUUUCCAUAAUCCUGCCAACAAACAAUCAAACAGACAUACGGAUAAAAGCAUCCUUGACGUAGGUGAUAAAUGCAUAGAACAUGUUUGAAAUAAGUAUAGGGGUUUAUUAUGACUGUUUUCCUUUUAAGCCUUUGAAAUUACUUUUGUACAAAGCAACUGUGUUGAAAUGUUUCCCUGUAACAAAAUGUAUGAUUUAUACAAACAAAUAUUAAAUUAUAAAAUACAACACCA